CCCCACAGCGGCUAUACCUCAAUGUCAUAUGGUCACGAAUCCACUAAAGCAACUGAGAAUAUUAAUCAGACGGUUGCAGAAUGAUAGAACAUGGAACUCACAGGGUGGAUUAUAUAAUUGUAGGAGUCUCACUGACUGAAAUUGACAGCGAGAACCUCGAAGAUUAGGGUAGCUUUGUUUUUGCCUGAAAAUCAUACGUUUAUUCGUUGUACGUUGAGACUGCAGGCUUGACCAAGUCGUGAGUGACCAGUAGUGUGGUAAUAAAUAUGGGAAAGAUGUCUCUGCUGUUCCACAUGGUCUACAUCUUCAGCUACCUAACAACCAGUAUAAUAGCAGACCACGUGUUUCCGUGUAAAGUCGGGUGGUCAGUCCUUUGGUGGAAGGUGUUUGACAGAACGCUUGUUGGUGAUAGCAGAAAGUUAUUGAAGGGCAUCUCUCUCACAGAGUGUAGAUACGCGUGCCUUGUGGAGAAAACAUUCCAAUGUAGAUCGCUAUCCUUCUCGCCCAAGGUUGACAAAGGUCAUUGUAUUAUGUACGGCAAAACACGCUGGCAGGACACUCUCGCUUACCAACAUUCACAAGUAUACAGCUACCACGAAUGGAAAUGUGUAGAAGAGAGAUGUCCUGACCAAUCGGCAAACGAGAUUAAGUGGAACGUCUUACCAUAUAAGGUCAUAACAGGGCAUAAUAACAAGCGCUACUCUGGUGUCUGGAACUACGACGAAUGUCGAGGUCUUUGUUUGUCAGAGGAAACAUUUAAAUGUAGGUCAAUAGAAGUGAAUAUCUACAAUGGUGAAUGCUUUCUUUCUUCGAUGACCAGAGACGACGAGAAUACAGAAUUCACACAUGGCAACUACUACUACCAUCAAGUUGUUCCAUGCACAGAAUCUACGGGCUGGUCUACCUGGACACCGUGGUCCUCGUGGGGUCCGUGUAGCAUGACAUGCACAGGAGGUACGUUGAGCCAGGGUAGUCGAUCCAGGACAAGCAGACGCAAAUGUCUCAAUCCAGGACGCAUGGCAUAUCCAUCAGAGGGUUGCGUGGACGAGGCCAAUAGAACAAACACAGAGAUAUGUUAUACAUCACGGCCCUGUCCGCCAGUUCAUGGCAGUUGGGGUGACUUCGGCCCAUGGAGUAAGUGCACAGUAACAUGUGGAAAUGGUAUAGAGUUCAGUAAAAGGAAGUGUGACAAUCCUAUGCCAAUGUAUGGGGGAGAUGAGUGUUUGGGUAACUCUGUGCGAAUUAGAAAUUGUACCAGCGCAAUAUCAUACUGUCCAGUAAAUGGUGGAUGGAGUGAGUUUGGUCCCUGGAGCAGCUGUAGUAGGACAUGUGAGGCAGGCGUGAUGUACAGAAUCAGAGAUUGCUCCAAUCCUACCCCUCAGCAUGGUGGCCAACCUUGCAUUGGUAGCACUCGUCAAGUCAUCAACUGCACAUUAGUGACAAACUGUCCAGUGAAUGGAGGUUGGGGAGCAUUUGGGCCAUGGAGCAACUGUGGAGCCACAUGUGGGAAAGUCACCAAACAGCGAUUUAGACAAUGUGAUAACCCAAAACCAAAGUUCAGUGGAAGUAACUGUGAGGGCCAACCUAGCGAGAUAGCUGAAUGCAUAGAUAUAGGACUAUGUCCAGUGAAUGGUAACUUCUCUGACUGGUCCAGAUGGUCAGGUUGGAGCGGUUGUAAUAGUUCCUUGUGUUACCAUGGCGACGGACUUGCAUUCUAUGGUACGAGAACACGAUCUAGGCGGAGAAUGUGCGACAAUCCAGUUCCUAUGUACGGUGGCGAGGAGUGUGUAGGGAACAAAACAGAGACGAUAUACGGAAUCUGUAGUUUUGUUGAUUCAUGUAUUGCUGUUGAUGGUGGAUGGACUGAGUUUAGUGCCUGGACACGUUGUAACGUUUCAUGUGGUGUCGGUGUUAUAUUUAGAGAGAGGAGCUGUAGCAACCCUGAACCAAGAAAUGGAGGAAGCAGCUGCAUUGGUUCCACUAUAGAAAGGGUUGAUUGUUACAGUGGAAAACCUUGCCAAGGUGUUAAUGUAUUUGUUGCCAAUGGUACAAACACGAGUCUUUCAAAUGAACAAUUCCAGCCAUAUUUCAUCCGUACAUUGUCUCUGAUAAUUGGACUUGUGAUUGUCAUCAUCUCAGUGAUUGCUGCAAUCUGUAUCUAUUUAAGGUGUAAAAUUAGGAAACCACCUCGGCGAAGUCUCGUUUUGGAGAAAAUUCCUGGCAUUUUAGACAAAUAUGACACCGACGAGCAGAACAAAUAUAACAAUACCAAGCUAGUAUUGAAUCCAUACGCGGAGAAAAAACGUGUUGAAAAUUUAAGAAAAUCCUUCCGCAUAGAGGAUAUAGACCUCAAAGAGUUUAGUACUGAGGAGAGAGAACAGCUAUGUGCUGGCCUUUUAGAAUUACCAGAAGAUGUUGGAAGACAUAGAGAAACUAAUUUAAGUCGUCCCAACUCAUUCUGUGGAGACAGUUCACCUACGACUAACAGACAUUGUGAAAUAGCAGAACCUGAUGUUGUUCUGUCCGCAUCACAUUUACAUACGAAGGUGAAAUCAAAACAACCAAUGAUGUCUACAGCAAUAAGUAAUGUUUUAUAGUUUAAACGUAUAUGAUACUGUCAGAUGAUUUGCUCAUUAAUUGACUUGAGAUCUCUAUUUAAGUCAGGCAUUCGGUUAUUUAUUUAUUUAUUUGUAACACUGUGUAUAAAAAGUAUGAAGAAAAGAAGUAGUCAGCAAGCAAGUAAUACUCGCACUAGAACCUGUUGUCAACAUACUGAUCCGUUGUCAUGAGAGGGUGUCAUGUUGGAUACGUGUAAUGUUUAUGCAAUACAGAAAAAGCCUCUUAGUAAUUGGAAACUGUAAAAAUUAUUAUG